AGUCUCUUACUUAUUUUUAUCCUGUAGGCAAUGGGUUCCUACAGAAUUCAGUUAGUAGUAGGUAUAGUCUCAUCACUCCUAUUUGUGUUUCCAAGUACCCAAGGAUGGGGAGAAGAUGGGCAUGCCAUCGUUUGUAAGAUUGCUCAGGGUCGGCUGAAUAGCAGAGCUGCGGCGGCUGUGAAGAAACUGCUGCCGGCGGAUGCAGGAAAUGAUUUGUCGAGCAAGUGUUCGUGGGCAGAUCAUGUGAGGUUCAUCUACACUUGGUCAUCUCCUUUGCACUUUGCUGAUACUCCUGACGCCCUUUGCACCUUCAACAACCAGAGAGAUUGUGUGGAUCAGGCCACUGGAACCAGGGGAAGAUGUGUUGUGGCAGCCAUUGCAAAUUACACCACCCAGCUCCUCGACUACGGGAGUGUCCCAAAAUCUAAAUAUAACCUCACACAAGCACUUUACUUCCUAUCACACUUUAUGGGAGACAUUCACCAGCCUCUGCAUUGUGGCUUUACCACUGACAGGGGAGGAAACGAUAUAACUGUUCACUGGUACACAAGGAAGGAAAAUCUUCACCAUAUCUGGGACGACAGCAUAAUUGAAACAGAAGUUGAAAGGUUCUAUGAUUCUAACAUUACUGACUUCGUUAAUGCAAUUCAACAGAACAUUAAGAAUGAAUGGGCGGAUCAAAUUGAAGAUUGGGAGAACUGCAGUGCUACGGAUAUCCCAUGUCCAACUACAUAUGCGUCUGAAAGUGUGGAUGAUGCUUGCAAAUGGGCAUACAAAGAUGCCGAAGAGGGUUCAGUAUUAGAAAAUGAUUACUUCCUUUCACGGUACCCAAUCGUCAAUUUGAGGUUAGCUCAAGCAGGAGUACGGUUGGCUGCAACUCUCAACCAAAUUCUUGACCAAGGGUUAGUGAUGUCGAUGUAAUUCAUUGAUUGGCUGCAACUCUUGUUUGAUGCCGUAGUAGGCUCGUUCCGCACGCAAGUCACUUUUCUAUUUUAUGCGAAUGGCAGUAGCGAAUAAAGGAAAAAUAAACAUAAAAAAGAUCAGGAGGAGGAGAGAAUAAUGUUAAGCUAAGCCAUUAGAAUGCUUGAAGGCACUCAUAGGUUCUGAGUUCCUUGCAUUGUUUUCAUAUCAAAUAAGAGUAAUGCUAGGUAACAUUAUAUCAAA